UACUGGAAAGACACUUCCGGUGUCUGUUGCCUAGGCGCCGGCCCGGCGGGCCUUCCGGGCGCCGUAUUGGCGUCGGCCUCUCGCCCCCACUUUUCCGGGGGUCGAGAUGUCGGGGCUGAGCCGCAUAGAGAUGGAGGGUUGUCGCAGCCUGCUGGGCCUCCUGGACAACGAGGAGAUCCACGCCCUGUGCGACACCGUCACCAACCGCCUGGUACAGCCUGCAGACCGCCAAGAUGCUAUUCGUGCAGUUUUGGUGUAUAGUCAAAGCGUAGAAGAACUUCUGAAGCGUAGAAAAGUCCACCGAGAAGUCAUUUUUAAGUACUUGGCAACACAGGGGCUUAUUAUACCCCCAGCUACUGAGAAACACAAUCUUAUUCAGCAUGCCAAGGAUUACUGGAAAAGACAAGCACAACUGAAGCUGAAGGAAGCACCAGAGUCAUUUACAAAGAAAGAGGAUGUCCAACUCUUCCAACAGCAGGGAAAAGAAGAUAAAAAAGCUGAGAAAGUCGAUUUUCGCCGCCUUGGAGAAGAAUUCUGUCACUGGUUUUUUGAACUACUUAAUUCUCAGAAUCCUUUUCUGGGACCACCUCAAGAUGAGUGGGGGCCACAGCACUUCUGGCAUGAUGUAAAGCUUAGGUUAUAUUAUAACACCUCAGAACAAAACGUGAUAGACUACCAUGGAGCAGAACUUGUGAGCCUUCGCUUGUUGUCACUAGUAAAAGAAGAAUUUCUUUUCCUCAAUCCCAACCUUGAUUCUCAUGGCCUGAAGUGUGCUUCUUCGCCCCAUGGGUUAGUUAUGGUUGGAGUUGCAGGGACUGUCCACCGAGGAAACAGUUGUCUGGGAAUUUUUGAACAAAUAUUUGGACUUAUCCGGUGCCCUUUUGUGGAGAAUACUUGGAAAAUCAAAUUUAUCAACCUGAGGAUUAUUGGGGAAAGUUCCCUUGCUCCUGGAACAGUACUGAAACCAGCAGUUUCAUUUGAACAGAGUGAUCUAGAGGCCUUUUAUAAUGUAAUUUCUUUGUGUGGUAAUAAUGAAGGAAGAGUUAAUGUAAGGCAAUCUUUGGAUAGUGGGACUGGAGACCAGGCUUUGGGUGGUGAGAAUGAGGCAUUAUUGAGCAAGAGAGAACUGAGUUUGCCUAACCCUGUACAACACUGAACAUUGUAUGUCAGCUUAGCAAAUCUGUACAGAACCUCUUCUGAGUGCUACAUCAGUAAUUUCGUAAUUUCAGGUGUAAGGAAUGAUAGUUGAAAUGCCUUUCUGUACUGCCAUGUUAUAUGGAUACUUGCCUGUUUCUACCUGAGUUACACAAAUGUGUUGAGAACUUAAUUGCAGUUCACCUAAUAAAUCCUACCUUAGAUGUUGUAGCUAACGUGUGCCUUACCAACCAGGUAAUACUUUCAUUUUACUUAGUGAAUAUUAUCUGUAACUUCCAUAUGGCAAAUAAUUGACAGUAUUAAAAUCUUAUGGGAUAUUUUGCAAAUGCAUCACUAUGAUACUGUUUAAAAGAUAAAAGUACUUAAAAUAUUUUAGAAGUGUUUAAUGUAAACCCAAUUUUUUCAUUUUAGAAAAUUCUAUUUACAUUGUUAAGUCCAAAAUUUCACAGGAGGAGAAUAAUUUCCUGCCUCUUUAAAUAUUUGAAAAACAUUUUUUCAAUUAUCUGCUUUAGUCCAAGUGUCUCUUUUAAUCUUCAACAUUUUGGCAAUAAUAAAUGCUGCUCUCAAGACAGAACUUAGUCUUACCUAUGUUUUAGCUAACAGUUUUAUACAGAAUUUAUUGUAACACUAGAAAAAGCAGAUAUACUAUUGAAAAUUUAAAGGUAUGUCCCAGAUUUCUAAUUUUAUUCUUCUCUUGACUGAUUUGGCAGAGAUUAUUGUGCUACUCAAAAAAACAUACCCAUAUUUUCUAUGUGUACAUAUACCCAACAUCCUACCUUAAAUCUUUUUUGGAAUUUUUCAUCUCUUAAUUGUGUUAUUCGGUUGUAGAUACAAAAUUGAGUUGUCAGAUUAAUUACAUAGUUGCUUUCAAGAUUGUUUCCUGCCACCAGCAACUGUAUGCUUGUCCUGGAUUUAAUUAGGAAUUUUCAGUUUAUAAAAGAACCAUUUGCACAAAAAUUCAGCUGGAAAAUGUGAUGAUAUAUUGUACACGUUAAGUUUUUGCUUGUGAUCACCAAGGACAGAUAUUGGAAGCAGAAGAAAAAAAUCAGUUUUCUUUUUAAUGGUAUACCUCUUUUGGGGAGUGUAAAUGGAUAUGAUCUAAAGAACUUUAUUCAUAAAGGAGGGAAAUCGCUUUUUUGUGUGUGUGAGAAUACUGCAUGGUUUAAAUUUAAUUAACAGUUUUCUCACUUUUAGGGAAACUUGUAGGCAUUUACUCGAAAUAAAGAAAAUUUAAUUAUUGCUUCUUACGCUAUCAGUAUAAUACAAGUGGAUGUAAAGAAGACAGCAGCUUACAACCGUAAUCCCAGAUACCUGAGGUAGUAGCGGGAGAAUCUUAGUUCAGUGCCAGACCUGGCAAAAAGUUACUGAGAUCUUGUCUACCAAAAACACUGGACAUGGUAAUGCAUAUCUGUAAUGCCUGCUGUAUAGGAGACCUACGUAGGAAGAUUGCACUCUUGAUCAAAUCAUGGCACUCUAACCAGAAAGUAAGUAGAGUAAGAAAAUGUCCUGGGUUAUGGCUGAAGAGCAGUGGUAUCGUCUAAGAAAUUGAAGCUUUGAGGUCAAACAUCAGUGUAGCUAAAAGAAGCAAUAGAGGAACAUGCAAUUUGUAUAAUUCUCAUACUUUCAUAGAGUAGACAAGUCUUACCAGAUAGCUUUGCGUAGCUUUUGAAAACUGGGUUUUAUCUUAAUUAUUAGGAUUUCAGUACAAGUAUAAAACAAAAUAGAAAAAUACCUUAAGUAAUAGAGAAACUUAAAAACCAUUCAUUUAUUUGAGCUGUUGAUGUAAAGUACUGCAGAGCUAAUACUACUACUGCUCAGAGUUGAUAGGAAUUUCCUCCAGCUAUCUUCACUCUUGAGUUUUUGAAUUUAACGCCUGCAUAAGGCUGAAAUUUCUACACAUAGUUUUAAUUUACAUAUUAGAAGUCUUCUCAGUAGACUUAAGGAUUGAGGCUACUUUAUCUCAGGUGAUGCCCCACAUCUUCAUGUUAAAUAAAUGAGCAAAAGCAGCUUACUGAAAAGAAAAUUUUAUG